AUGGCCUACCUACCAAUCUACACGCACUGGAUCAGCAAGGAUGUUGUGAGCAACCAGAGCAGACUGGAAGCUGCAUGUGAGGCUAUCUUUCCCCGGGACGGUAGUGGAAAGCGCACUUGCGAACUUAUCGUUGACCCUGCUGAGCGUCCUGGUUACGUCAAAGUCAACUCCCUGUCGCGGGAGCCAUCGAAUCUGAUGGUGGAGCUACGAGCGAGGGGUGGUGACAAUGGUUUGGAACCAGAGAUCAAGGUGGAGCCUCAGGCUUAG